AUGCAACAGCUUGACAGGCAAGACGAAGUCGCCGGCCUCUACGGGCGGGGAACGGACAGCAUCGAGGGGGCGGAGGAGGCCGAGAAGGCCGAGAGCGCGGCCUGGGCCUCCCGGCCCGACCGGCGCAGCUACCUGCUGAGCAUCCGGCCCCGGAACAGCUUAUCAAGCAGCAGAUACUCUCCCUCCAGUUUAGGAAGGAGCACCUUCUGCGCAAUCAUUUCUCAGCUGACGGAGGAAACCCAGCCACUAUUUGAAACCACUAUCAAAUCCCGUUCUGUGUCCGAGGACUCUGAUGCUAAAUUCACGUGCAUAGUGACAGGAUACCCGCAGCCGGAGGUGACAUGGUAUAAGGAUGAUGAAGAGAUGGACCGCUACUGUGGCUUACCCAAGUAUGAGAUAUUCCGUCAUGGAAAUCGCCACACCCUGCAGCUGUACAAGUGCCGAGAAGAAGAUGCAGGCAUUUACCAAGCCUCAGCUAGAAACAACAAAGGCAUCGUGUCCUGCUCUGGUGUGCUGGAAGUGGGAACCAUGACGGAGUUCAAAAUCCAUCAAAAGUGGUUUGACAAAAUUAAGAGAAAAGCUGAAGAAAAGCUGCGAGAGAUUGAACAGGGCAAGAAACGAGGGAAAGAAAACGUGGAGGUGGAGAAGUUGCAGGGAAUGAGUCCUGAUCGGCUCCAGAGAAAGCGGAGGCUGGCCAGGGAUCUGAAUCUCUGGUCGGGAGCCUCUCUGUGGGAGAAGGAGGAUGCAGCAAAAGUGCAUGUUGCCGAUUCUCAGUCCAGAUUACAUGAGGAUAUUGCUGAGCCAAAGGAGCAGCGGGUCAAUGCAAUGAUGGGCUUUCCAAACAAACUGAUAGCACCUUUGAAAGCAGAAGUGACCACCAAUGGAGAUGCCUCUUUGGAAAGCGUGGAGGAGAACGGGAACAGCUUUCUUGCGUACAUCUACGAGACAGUGGAGGACCUAGCAACUAAGCCAAUGGUGAAAGACUCUGCAGCUAAAAAGAAAAAGAAGGUGAAGGCUCCUCCAGCAGCAAAGCAGGAAGUUUCCAAGCGAGAAGAAAGUGGGCGAGACAGGGCCAACCCCUCUCCAAAUCCAAGGUUUGCCCCUCCUGUCCCCUUACGNNNNAAUGCACGUUUGAGGGUGGCAAAUGAUCAAGAAGUAGAAAACGGUCCAAAAAUCAAAGAGCCCGGGAAAGCUGUGAAUCAGGACACUAAAAUCAAUGGCGAUGUGCACUUCUCUUUGAAAGAGAUGUAUUUUGAUAAGCAAGCAAAGCCAGCAGCAGGGAAGGAGGAGGCAGGAGCCAAGGAAGAGGCUGCGAGCGAGGCUGCCCUGCAGCCUGUGGCAGUCAGCAGACAGACGGAGGAUGCUCCGUCGUCCUCAGAGGUGUCGGAGGCAGGACCUGUGCCGUCUGAGGGACAGAGAGGCCAGCACCAAGCACAGAAGUCAGAGGAAAACAAAGCCAUCAGUCCAGAGGUUGCAGCAACAGUGGGACAGUCUGCUAGUGACCUAAAAUAUCCAGUGUCCACUCCAACUGUAGAGACUGGUCAGCAAGCCAAUAAGUUAGAGGAGCUCAGGAAAGAGAUGCCUGUCUGCCAGGAGGCCAGGGGGGCUGGGAAAAGGACAAAUCCUCGGCUGAGGCCUCAGGAGCCACCAAAGCCAUCACCACCUUCUCCAGCCCAUGUGCAGUCCAGCAAGGAGCACCCUCCCUCUAGGAAGCAAGCAGAAGGAUGUUCCUGUGCUCUUGAGGGCAGAGAGGCCCAACAAGGACUGUUAAAUCAAGAGGACAAAAGCCAAGGUGAGGAAGAGCCAUUGCUAAAGAAAUUGAGUCCUCCAGAGCCUGGAGAAAACGCUCCUCUUGAGCAAAUCACCCAUCAGACAGCAGUCAAGGAUGGGAAAAGCAAAGAGGCAGGAGCAGAGCUGUCCGGGAGCCAUCCUGGUGCAGAGGCAGGAGGGAGUGGUGAAGCAGAGCCAUCUCCUGGGGCUGCGCACAGGGAGGUGGAAGGGACACCUUUGGGACAUCAGGAGACCGAAACGCCAGCUCCUGCUUCAGUUCGACUUGCCAAGGAAGAGCCACUUCCUGCUCCUGCAGUGGAGAUGUCAGUGGCUCAGGAGGCACCGCUUGCAGCUCACAGUGUCCCAGGGCUGGAAGCCACAGCAGGAGAGGUACUGUCUGGAGCCCAGCUGCUGCCUCCUGCAAGCAGAGAAACACAAAUCAAAAAGACAGAUGGAUCUGCCCUGCAAGAGAAGUUUUCAGCCAGUGUGUUAGGGGAGGAAAGUGCCAAACCAGUGCCUGUGGGACCUCAGGGGAAGGAAGGAGGAGAGCAAAUAGCCACAGCUCCGCUCCAGGAACCAGCAGCACCUUCAGGCACUUUUGAAGGAGGUGCUGAGGUUCAGCCACGAGUACCACUGGUCCUGCCUAGCCCUGAGAGACCUCAGGAGAUGUCUUUGGAGGAGAAGAUGCAGCACAAAAAACUUGUUUCCUCCUUGAAGAACUAUCUGCUGCUGCUUCUAAAAAUGUCAGAUAGCAGUAAGGAUGCCACAAAAGAAGACACUGAUCCCAGAGAGAAGGAGCAGCCUGAUGCAGAGGAAGUCAUGCUCCCAGAGAUAGGCAUUGCAGGCCUGAGCCCCCGCACCUCAAGGAGAGUUUUGGAAAAGGUACAAAACAAUCAGCUCUUCCAGACAGCAGAGAGCUUGCCGCUGACCCCCAGGACAUCCAGGCGGAUCACAGGCAUGAUUAACGAGGAAUUCAUUACCAGCAAGGAGAUGCUGGCUUGCAGGCCUGUGCCACCAAAGAGACGUACCCGGGUCGCUCCUGAGGCGGAGGAGCAACCCCAGCUCUCUGUGCCCUCCAUCGUGGUGGGCAGCAUGCUGACAGCAGGAGCAGAGCAGCCUCCUAAUAAUAUUUCUGAUUUGCCUCCAGUGAGCCCUAAAAAAGACAGCCCUGGUGACCAGGCAGUGCUACCUUGUGCCACACCAGAGGAGCUUGCUUCCGGGGCCCGGCGCAAAAUAUACCUGCCAAAAACCAAACAGGUGGGGGAGGAAGAGGAGGCAACCCCAGAGAGCCCAGGGCAUGUGAGAAGUCCUACCGUUUCACCACGGCAAUCCAGGAAGAAUGCAGCCCUGUUGCAAUCGCCUGCCCUGGUUCCGUCCCCUCCCGCAGAGCAGCACUCUCCAACCCUCACAAGGAAGAUGGCCACACUGGAGGUUCCUAAGCUGUAUGAGGAAACAACAGGUGACAGCAGUGGUGACCACGAGGUCCCUGAAGAUGCAAAGCCAGAAGCACUGCCAGCAGAGUCCAAGAAAGCAAAUAACCCAUUUAAAGCUCCACAGGUGAUUCGUAAGAUCAGGGCAGAACAAUUUUCCGAUGCAUCAGGAAACCUGAAACUUUGGUGCCAGUUCUUCAAUAUUUUGAGUGAUUCUAAGCUGCUGUGGUACAAGGACGAGAUCCCUGUAGCAGAAGCCCAAAGGAGCGCUGGCGACGAGGGCCAGGCAGCCUUGGCUGUUGUACAGGCAUCUCAGAAGGACUGCGGAGUCUACCGGUGUGUGAUCAGCAACGAGUACGGCACUGACUCCACUGAUUUUCUGCUCAGCCCAGAAGUGCUGUCAGGAUUUAUCUUACGGGAAGAGAUUGAAGUUGGAGAGGAGAUCGAGAUGACGCCCAUGGUGUUCGCAAAAGGUUUGGCUGAUGCAGGGUACUGGGGGGAUAAACUCUUUGGGCGCGUGGUGAGUGAGGAUGUGGAAGUGGGUGCUGGUUUCCUGCGCAAAGCCUGCCGUGCCAGAGCCAUCUACGGCCUGGAGCCCGUCUUUGAGUCCGGCCACACCUGCAUCAUCAAAGUGCACAAUUUCAUUGUCUUUGGGACCAAGAAUGAGAACAGCCUCAUUGAGAAGAACUACGAUAUCACCAUCCAGGAAUGUAAAAUCCAGAACUCCAGCCGCGAGUACUGCAAGAUCUUUGCUGCUGAGGCACGAGCUGUCCCUGAUUUUGGAGCAGUGCCCGAGAUAAUUCCUCUGUACCUGAUUUACCGACCGGCCAACAACAUCCCUUACGCCACAAUGGAGGAGGACCUGGGUGGGCCCUGUGAGCAGUACUGUGUCACGGAGAGAGAUGGCAGCUUGGUGACACGAGGCACCUCAGAGAUCGUGCUCAAAUGCUGCACCUUCCAGCAUUGGGUCUACCAGUGGACAAAUGGAAACAUCCUCGUGACUGACAUGGAAGGAGUGGGCUGGAAGAUGACCAAUGUGCGGAUUGCUACCAACCGGAAAGGGUACCAGGGACUGAAGGAAAGCUGCUUCCCUUCCCUGCUGGAGCAAUUCACAGCCGCUCACCAGUGUAACCGUUACUGCAGCAUCCUGGGCCUGAAGACGCUGGAGGCAGCCAAGCCCAAGGGCUCCAAGAGCCCCUCCAUGGGGAGGAAAUCUGCCCAGUCCAGCCCCCAGCUCCAGAAGAAGGGGCUCACAAGUCCCCAGGGUACCCGCAAGGCUGCUGUGAGCCCCAAGAGCUCCCGGAGAGCUGCAGAAACAGGGGAGGCCCCAGCAGCCUCCAAACUCUGGUCAGGAGAGAGCAGCAGGUCUGGCCGCCCACAGUAG